AUGCUUUCAAACGGCAUCUCACUCUUCGCCGCGGCCGCCCUGGCUGCACAAGCUUCUGCCUUUCCUUCGCUGAUCCCGCGAGCCACAGCUGAUACCGCGGCAUUCUCUUUCUUGCAGCGCGCUGCCCAGCUGUCGUCCGCAGCGUACACUGGAUGUACUGGAACGGCUUUCGACGUCACAAUCACCAAGCAGGUUUAUGACGCUUCAACCAACGCCAAGGGAUUUGUGGGAUACUCCACCGAAAAGAAGAAGAUCUCCGUCGUGAUGAAGGGAUCCACAACCGAACAGGAUAUCCUUAACGACAUUGAUACAACCCUGACUACCCCGUCUCUUUCUGGUGUUACUUUCCCCUCCGGUGCUCAGAUCAUGAAGGGUAUUAGCAGCCCCUGGUCCGCUGUGCACGAUACGAUUAUCUCCGAGGUUAAGACCCUGAUCGAGAAAUACCCCGAAUAUACCCUGGAGUCGACAGGUCAUUCCCUGGGUGGCUCGCUCACCUUGAUCUCUUAUGUUGCUCUGGCCUCAAACUUCCCCAACAAGGAGAUUACUAGCAAUGCCAUGGCUGCUUUCCCGAUCGGCAACUCGGACUGGGCCACUUAUGCAGGCUCUUUCAAUGGAACUCUGAACCGUGGUAACAACGUUGAUGACGGCGUUCCUAACAUGUACAUUCAGUUUCCAUACGACUUUGUCCACUAUGGAACCGAAUACUAUAGCUCCGGUACUGAGAUGACCUGCGUGGAGUGUUCAGGAGAGCGUGAUACAUCUUGCUCCGCUGGAAAUGGCCAAUACAGUGUGACACCAGGUCACUUCUCCAGCUUUGGCGUGGAGCUGGGUGCAGCUGGGUGCGGAUCCCUACUGUAA